UCAAGCCCCAACAUAGGACCUGGAUGCUCCUCUGUGGGAUAUGGAGCAACACAAGAGAUUGGUCCCUUUAUUGUGGACAGAAAUGGACAUGGACUUAAAUUUAAUCCUUACUCAUGGAAUAAAGAAGCCAAUAUGUUGUUUUUGGAAUCUCCAGUAGGAGUUGGCUUUUCUUAUUCAAAUUCAUCUAGUGAUUAUGAUAAUAUUGGAGAUAACUUUACAGCAAAUGAUGCUUAUGUUUUCCUACAUAAGUGGUUCGUAAAGUUCCCGUUGUAUAGAAGGCGGAGAUUUUAUAUUGCCGGAGAAAGCUAUGCAGUCAUUCAACACUUACCAGGAAAAUAUAUUCCAGAGCUGGCUGAGCUCAUCUAUGACAAGAACAAUAAUCCUUACCUUCACAUAAAUCUCAGGGGUAUCUUGUUGGGUAAUCCUGAAACUUUGGAUGCUGAGGACUGGAGAGGUUUUGUGGAUUAUGCUUGGAGCCAUGCUGUGGUAUCUGAUGAAACUCACCAGAUUAUCAUAGAAAAUUGUGAUUUCAACAGCAACAAUACUUGGAGUAAUGAGAAUUGUAGUCGAGCUGUAGGUGAAGUAUAUGCACAGUACAAAGAGAUAGAUAUGUACAGCCUGUAUACCCCUGUCUGUGUUCGCAACUCAACAGGUUCAGAUGACAAAUCAAUGCAAUUCAUGUUUCAGCAGACAACUACGAUGAUGCCAAGGAUUAUGGGUGGUUAUGACCCAUGCCUUGAUGAUUAUGCAAAAAUCUUCUACAACAGACCAGAUGUUCAGAAAGCGCUCCAUGUCAGUGAUGGUCAUGUACUCAAGAACUGGAGCAUCUGCAAUGAUACAAUGUUUAGUGCCUGGUCAGACUCAAAACCAUCCAUGGUUCCUAUAUACAAGAAGCUUAUUAGAGGAGGACUAAAAAUAUGGAUCUACAGUGGAGAUACAGAUGGAAGAGUUCCAGUUUUGUCCACAAGGUACAGCAUAAAGUCUAUGAGCCUACCAAUCACUCAAGCAUGGAGGCCGUGGUACCAUGAGAUGCAGGUGAUUGGCUGGUUUCAAAAAUACAAGGGCCUUACAUUUGCGACAUUCAGAGGAGCUGGCCAUGCUGUGCCCAUUUUCAAGCCCCGCAGUUCACUUGCAUUCUUCUCAUCCUUCCUUUUCAAGAACUCUCCGCCAUUGAAAUGACAAAAUGAGGCUAGCAGCGGUUCUACUGACUAGGCCUGGAGUAACAUGCAGAAUCCGAAAGAAGAUACCAAAGCAUGAACAGCUUCGUAAUAUGUAUUAUGAUAAAAAAAGUUUGGGAAGUUAAUUGAAAUAAUAAAGGCAAAAAUGCCCUUUUCCUUGGAUAAAUCUUUUGCUGAUCUUAAUAUAUGAAGAGUCCUGUAUUGUAAGACAAGCCAUGGGAGUUCACCCCACCCAUCAGUCAAAAAAUUGGCAGAAUAUUUCUGCUCGAUUAUCUCAUGGGAGCUGGUUUUUGUUGGUAGACCAUGUUAAUGAAAUGAUUGUGUUGCUCCC